AUGGCGUUUCCUCCGCCUGAGCAUCCUGGACCUGCCGAGGAUCAGCUACUAGUGAUGCAGGGCGACCAUAGGUCAUCCUAUGUUUGGGAGGGACAGCUAUCGAUGCAGGCUCUCCGCCCCAGGAGGCCUGAUGAUUUGUGGGAGUUUAUUGCCGAGCAUCCUUUCCAUGAGCGCGUAGUAGAGAGCCUCCAGACUACGGGAUUAUAUACCAUUUUUGAGCUUGGACGGAUGCAGCUUGAUUGGUCGCUCAUCACGGCCUUGGAUGUCCAGGUUUUAUACGGACUGCGCGUAGAGGGACGCGCCUUCGCACUGCCCCACCACUGGAGAGGGAUGACUCGUGCACAGUUGGCGGACAUGAUGGGGCAGUUGACUGGUUCUAGACCUCAGGGUGACCGGGGUGGCAGUCGCGUAGCUUUGUCAUUCAUUAGAGAUCAGAUGGCGGAUUUGCACCCAGAUAUUACCCACGAGACGGACCAUCUUUGGAUUCAGAGGUACACUCGGUUGGCGUUGCUCCUACUUUUCGGGUGUGUCUUGUUCCCGGACACUUCGGGGAGUAAAGUGAGUAUGCGCUUUCUCCAUUGUCUUGAGCAGUUGGAUGAGCUACCACAGUACAGCUGGGGUGCUACUGUUCUUGCGUAUCUAUAUAGGAGCAUGUGCCGGGCGAGCGUAGGUCCAGCGGUUGAUAUAUGUGGUUUUCUGCCCCUCCUUCAGGUUUGGGCCUGGCAGCGGAUCAUGCCGUUGCAGCCACAUCUAGCAGUACUUCCGCCCGGUCAGGAUUAUCUGUUUCUCCCUCUAGCUAUCAGGUGGAUUCUCCGGCGUGGGAACUACCGAGGGACGGAUGCUCACCAUAAUCUCCCCCUUCUUAGGGAUGUGUUAGAUAUGUUGGUGGACGGACAGUUCAUCUGGACGCCAUACAACAUCGAGUUGCUUGGUCACCUACCCGCUUGUUGCUCAGUCGACCGGUUGAUUUGGAGCACCUCCGUCCCGUUGAUCUUCUGGGAUUUUGUUGAGUAUCAUGCCACGGAGCGUGUGCUUCGACAGUUUGGCCGUCCUCAGGCUAUACCAAGGGAGCCUGGAUGGGAGCCUACUCACUAUCAGCGGGACGACCGUUCGAACAUGGACCGACAGUAUGUUGGGUGGCUACAGCAGCAGAUAGCUUAUUGGGAGGACCGACCUGAGCGCAUCCCGCUACCACCUACAGUUUUCCAGGAGGCCUCUAUUCAGCUGUAUGAUGGGUGGUACCGCCGCCAUAUUCGAUUGAUGAUCGGGAACCCCGUGCAUGUACUUGGCGAGCGCUACAGACCGUACGCCGGGAGGCAUGAGGCACUGGCUAUUGGGCUUCAUUGCGUCUACCAGUCGGGACAGGAGAUGCAGCAGCGUUCGGACAUCCCUAAAGUGGUUGAGUAUGGCCGGGAGAUGGCCCAGAUGGCUCGUCUGACACUGUUGCAGGCGAGAGAUGCCGAGAGGUUAGACCACGAGCCUCAGUAUGUGGCUCCAGGGGCCUAUCAGAGGGGUAGGCCAGUCCCACGAGCCAGGGGUAGGGCACCAGCGAGGGGACCCCCACCAGGCAGGGCUGCCCCACGGGGUCGCAGGGGAUCAAUGAUGCUGUCCAUAGAUCAAAUUAUUUCGUGGAUUGGAUUUCACUUGACUGUCUACGGUUCCAUUGCGUGUGCUCGGGGUAGAGGUUUUGUAUAA